AUGCACACAACUGUCGUCGUGGUUGCCUUUGUAUAUGCCAUACAAAGAAACGAGCCACUACUCCUGCGCUAUUGGAAAUGGCCAUUGGAAAAAUGUUUGUGGGAUAUGCUGGCCUACCGCUCCUGAGUCCAAAGUGUAAUUUGGCAGAUUGCGAAAAUUCACAAGCUCCAAAUGUUAGCAUGGAGUACUGGUUUCCUCUUGGCUUCUUUCGGUCUCAGAUUGUCCGCCUUCAGGUCGCUCACUGCCAGAAUGUUGGCCCACAAGUAGCACUGAGCACUCUACGCCAAGUUCCGGACUCAGCCCCGUGCGUUGACUAUGCGCUCGAUGGUAACAUCGCAGGGUUGAAAGAGUUAUUCCUUCGCGAUUUAGCUUCACCCCGAGAUAUUAGUCGGACGCGAGGAUACUCUCUGCUGAGGUGGGCUGUCUAUGGAAAGCAGUGGGAAACUUGCAAGUUUCUUUUACACGCAGGUGCAGAUCCGGACUAUCGGCCCAUCAGUAGUCACGACAACAGUCCAAGAACUAAAGUUUUGGAUUUCAUUCUUCAAGGGUUUCUGUCCAAGGAAAACGAGCAGACUCUCAGCUGCUUGACAAGCGGUAAUGAUUGGAUUGAGGACCAAAAUUUUACACUCACACACAAAGUAGUCACUGGUAUCUCUCUGGCAAACCUUGAAGAAACCAUUCUUCUGCAUCCUGAAGAGAUUGACGCAAUCGACGCACUGGGGCGCACACCUCUAACGUGGGCUGCCGCUAGAGGCAAUGAGCAUGCAGUAGGAACCCUCCUUUCUCAAGGCGCUGAUCCGAAUACAUUAGAUAUUCAGUGGACUGGUCCUGUUUCUUAUGCCGCAGAGAGAGGCCAUGUCUUAUGCGUCAGGCUCCUACUUGAAGCUGGAGCAGAUCCUGACCCGGUCAUUACUGGAGGUCUUAAAAUUGGCAGUCCCCUCAACUGUGCAGCACGGAAUUGUCCUGAUACUCUUGUUCUCAAGACUCUGCUUGACUUUGGUGCAGACACCGAAGGAAGCGGAGUCGAUGGACGAACACCUCUCAUUCAAGUCGCGCGGACCGACAACGUCAACACUGCCAUGCUACUCCUCGAGCACGGUGCUGAUAUCAAUGCUAUUUCAGUAGCAGGGGCGACUCCGCUGACAACGGCAAUCACUUACAACAGCUACAACGUUCUCCGUUUGCUUCUGGGCCGAUGGUCCGACUACAGUACUAGCCCAAGCCUGCAGGGUCCUCACCUUUUAGCUACCACAGCCCAAUUUGCCGACCUCGAAACCAUCAAAAUCCUCACGGGUACUGACUACUUCAAGCUGAAGUACGAUAGAGAACACCUGCUACUGGACUGCGCAGAUAAACUACGUGACAGGUUCGACGUCAGCCACGAGCUUGUUACUGCCUUCCAUGACCUGAUAUCCGUGAUCAGCGAUGAUCCCGAAAUGGCUCAGCGUACCGAGAAUUUGCUGGAAGCAGGCUUUCUCCUUCCUUAUCGAGAUUCUUCACGAGCUAAGAGUGACUCUCUCACAAAUAGUGAAGAAGGAUUGGAUGGGGUGUUUGAAGAUGCUUUGGAGCAUCCUAAACAUGGUUUCAUGGAGGGUACGAAUAUGGAGUAA